AUUUGGCAUUUUGGGGUUCUGGAUUCAAAGUCACAGUCACACUGUAUGUAUUGCAGAUGUUGAUGUCAAGGAAUGUAAGCAGCUUUUGCAGGGGUACAACUGACAGUAGUAAGAAUUACAGAUGGCUGAGUCUCAGCAGAGCACAGAGGUCAGGACAAAGGACACUCAUUACCCUAACAGUGACCCCAUUGGUUUUGAAGAUAAUCACGUUGUGACUGCACAAGAACAACCAAUGAAUGAAGUACCAGAGAAUGAAGCUCUGAUUCCCAGGAAUGCCACAGACAGGAUUUUUUUUAUUGAUUUAGCCAACAAGCAUCUGCAAAUCAUCCCACCUGAGGUCUUCAGUCUAGAGCAUCUGGAAGAGCUGCAUAUGGAGAAGAACCUGAUAGUAAACAUCCCAAAAGAAAUAAAACUCCUGAAGAACAUGAAGGUUCUCUACUUGGAUCACAAUCACAUACGGAACAUAUGUGAAGAGCUGGGGAUGUUGAAAAGUAUUCUGAGCUUAGACUUAAGUAACAACCCCCUCUCUUACAGUUCUCUGCUGGUAAUCAGCAACUUGCAGUCCCUUCACCAGCUCAGGCUCUAUCAAAUAAACUUGCAUGAAAUCCCAGUGCAGAUCUGCAAAUACCUCCAUCUUAUUGAACUUCUUGGGCUUUCUGACAAUAAUCUACAGUGUCUGCCAAAAGAAAUAGUGAACCUGAAAAAACUCAAGGAAAUAUACCUCAAAAACAAUAGAUUUGAAAAAUUUCCCAUCGAGCUUUGUAGAAUUGUUAGUUUAGAAAUAAUAGAUCUGGAACAAAAUCUAAUCGGUCACAUCCCAGAAGAGAUAGGCUUCUUGACAAACUUAGUUAAGCUAUUUUUAGCUUUUAAUAACUUAUCUUCCAGUCCUCCUACGCUGCAACACUGCCAGAAGCUGGCGGUGCUGGAUCUGUCUCAUAAUCCCCUGCAAAAGCUUCCCCCAGUUUUGAACAAUCUCACUGAAAAGAGAGAACUCAGCCUGUCUGAUAACAGCCUGGAGGAGCUGCCAGCCCAGACAGGCUCUUGGACAUCACUUAGCCAUGUUUAUCUGAGGAACACCGGACUGCACAGAGCACACAUGUCCUUCACCAGCCUAACCAGUGUCAGGGUACUCGAUCUGAGUGAAAAUUGCUUUGAUGAAAUUCCUAAAGAAAUAUGCUCCAUGAAAAAACUGGAAAUAUUGAACCUGGAUGACAAUCAAAUACAGGAGAUACCUGCAGAAAUACAAGAACUAACAAAUUUAAAAUGCCUCAGCCUGUCCAAAAAUCAAUUCAGCAACUUUCCAGUGGAAAUCUUUCUCGUGGAGUCAUUAGAGAAAUUGUAUCUGGGACAAAAUAAAGGAGUUAAACUGACAAGUCUGCCAGAAGAUAUCAUCAAAUUGCAGAAUCUGAAAGAACUGCAUAUAGAGAAUAACUGUCUGGAGUACCUGCCCAAAGCUAUUGGCUCACUGACCCACUUGAGAAUACUUGACUGUCACAACAACCUCCUCAAGAAGCUCCCAGAGUCUCUAGGCCAAAUGCAAGGUUUGCAGAAACUGCUCCUUCAAAACAAUCAGCUGUCCAGGCUGCCUGAGGAUUUGAACAGCCUGACGCAGCUGCAGGUGAUCCUUGUGGAUGGGAACCCUAUGACAGACCCUCCCACUGAAGUGUGCUGUCAGGGGACAUCUGCUAUCCUGCAGUACUUAUGGCAAAAAAGACAUAAAAAAGCCAAGGCUUCAAAGAUCCGAAAUAUGUGGCAAGGGCUGCUUACAAAGAAGGGGAUCAGACCUUUCUUGGCAUUUAAAAGUAUGACAAACAAAAAAAACGAAAAGAAAGGAAAAGAAAAGGGAAAACAGAAGUCUGGAAAAGAAGCAAAAGCCAAAAAGUGACUCUUGUGCAGUAAGCCGAACAGAACCCUGUCAGCUGCAAGAAGAGCCGGUGUGAGCAGAGAGAAGUGAGUACAAAACAAACAGCAUUAAAGCAUUUGCAUCAGUGGAUAUUCUAAUGAAAACUGGUGAUUUUUUUAGGGUUGUUUCUGUGCUUUCAGCUACUCCAGCUGAAUAAGGCAGAUUCUGAAACAGUCCGGGAUUUCUCAUCCUGAAUGGACGUUAUCUUGAAGCACGGAGGCAGAUGAUUAACUGGAAAUUAAUCUCAUCUGUAGGAACCUGGUGCGAUUAACUGUUUGUUGUUAUGAAUUCCAAGUAUUUUACAUCCUUAGAAAUUUGUUUUCCAGUUGGUGAGGUUCGUCCAUAUCUAGACUAUAAACCACACCUGUAGCCUCAUGCAUACUGGCACUUAUUUACUGUCUUUUAUGUUUAUAAAUAAUACCUUGUUUGGAAACAUGGAGGAGGAUUCCCAGCAGUCAGAACAUACCCACACCUGCCACAAUCUGCACAACAGGAGUGAAAAGAGCUGUUUCCAAGUAUCUCCAAGUAUCUCCACUCUUCUGCAAAAAUGUUCCCUAAUGUUUUGACAAUCUGUAGUUACAGAGUUUUGAAUGACUGCAAGCUGUCAAAUCCUUAGUGCUGUAGCUCAUCUCUGAGAUGGCUUGGUUACAGUUUGUAAAAUGUCCGUGUACAACAGGUUGAUUUGAAAACUGCGAGUUUGCAAAACGCAGCAUUUCACAAUGGCUCUGCAUCCUGACAUGUAAGAACACUGUCACAAUGCACCUAAAGCACAGAGCUAAACUAGGACAAGCCACUGUGCAGAUUCAAAAUGCACAAGUGGGAGAGAGCAGGUCUCUCUACUUAAACUGGCAGAACUUCAGACCUGCUCUCCCUGCCCAUGCCUGAGCUCCCCCAGAGAACGAGAAGCUGGUGGCACCCCAAAGAAGGAGGUGAAGGAAGGUUCACUGAGAUUCAACUCUCCCAAGAGCUCCACCUCCAGGUCACGUUCUUCUGAGCUACAUCUGCAUCCAGGGUGCAGAUCUUAUUUCUGGUUUGCUCUUGAAUCUGUUGUCACAGAAAUCUCACUAAUAUGCUUCUUGGUAGGAGAGAACUGGGGACUAUUAUGUGCAGAAAGGUGGGAUUGCUCAGUUUUGGCUUUCCAUCUCACUAGGAAACUGGUGCUGCUUUGACAGCAGAGGCUACUGAGGAGGAAAACAUUGGAAGGGGCACCUCUGGGAAGAUUGACAGACAGGAUAAUCAAAAUGAUUUAGUAAAAGAUUUUUGUGGCAGAACAGGCAUGGCAGAUUCAUGAGUGGGCAAAGGACUGGGAAGGGAAUUUAAAAAAGCGAGUGGAGAGACUGCAAACAGUACAUCCUUCCUGUGCCCUGGAAAUGAGAAUGAGGAGCCCAAGAGAGACAUCAUAAUCAAACUAACAGUGAAGUCCAUCUGAAUUAGAGAGGUUCAAGUGAGAGAGGAGUGAUUCACAAAGAUUCCCAUAGAACACACAGAGGAUCGCUUCUCCAGAUGGACCAAAGGCAAAUUUGAGAAGGAAAGUCUCAUUAAGACAAGUGAUUGAAAGAGAAGGUUGGUGUGCUGCUGUGAAACAGAGGUGACAGUGUUUCCACAUUAAAAUAACUCUCCUGCCUUGAAUAACAGUUUGAAAGGCUCCUUUGUUAGCUCUGUAUGAAACAGGGGCUCUUUGCUUCACUUUAGGGGUUGAGAAAAUCUGUAGAAAAUAACCAAUCCCACUUUGCAG